AUGCACACACCAAACAUUGAUGCGCUUGCUGCCAGAUCUCUCCUCCUCAAGCGAGCUUACGUCUCAGUGGCUGUAUGCAGUCCAAGCAGGACGGCCCUCCUCACCAGCAGACGCCCUGACACAAGCCACAUCUGGAGCAUUGGUCCUUACUUCCGGCAGUAUGGAGGAAAUUUCACUACAUUGCCACAGUAUUUCAAACAAAAUGGUUAUAGGACCAUCGGAAUGGGGAAAGUAUUUCAUCCAGGAUCAUCCUCCGGAGGUGACGAUCCCGUUUCGUGGACAGAUCCCUACACCCAUGCUGAUGAUGAUUACAAACAUAACGAUCUUCUUAUGGAAGCGGUCUCAGAGGAAAGAGAAAAGGCAAACCCACUUCAGGAUCAGAUUCUGGCUGCGUCUGCCAUUCAGGCACUAAAGGAAGUGGCUCCUGCAGCUAAGUCAGAUGAGCGACCUUUCUUUCUGGCUGUAGGGUUCCGUAAACCUCAUAUACCUGGAACUUCCCCGCCCGAUUCAUGGAUUACUAUCCACUGGAAAGUCUCAGGCUACCACCGAAUUACUAUGCUCCAGUAG